AUGGUGCUCCUCACUCAGCUUCCCUCGGAGAUCAUCAACAACAUCUUUGGCUAUGUGGCGCCCGACGAUUUACCCAGUAUCCGAAGCAUCUGCCGACGGUUAACAGAACAUGUCAAAGGAAAUGCAGUUCUACAUCGUGACAUCUAUUAUCGGCACUUGGACGAACCACCAGAAGAUGUGGACUGGGAGCAGAGCCUCAAUGAUCUGGCCAAGUUGCGCAGACUGUGUGGACGGGAGUAUGAGAACUUUGAAGUCUCAUGUCCCAACAUACACAUGCCCAAAAUGACCUUUGUCUACCACGCCGUCACCAACCUUCUCAAAGCCAUUCCCCCAUCUUCUUCCCUGUCAGCAGCCCGCAGCGGCGAGCAGCACAACACCCCCCAACAACCAAUCUCCUCCUCCUACUCCCCCUCGCGAAACGCCGCUAUCCUCUCCAACCUCUUUUCCAAAGAAUCCGUCCGCAACGCUUUCCUCCAGGGCUCCCAGCUCUACGAGCGCGCCCACUGCUUCGACUACCUCCCCAUCCCCAUGCGCACCAUCAUCGACCUCGAGCGCUCGCGCUACGUCCGCAUCCCCGUCUACAUCGAAUACCAACAACAAUCCGCCAAGAUGCACUGCCACUUUGGCGUCGGCGUGCAAGCCCCCGCCACCCUGACGCUGCCCAACAACCCUGCGCUCUCGUCCUCGUUGAACAUGAACCCGUACCCUCCUCCUACGCCAGGCACCAACGCGCACGCCACCCCGCCCAGCCCGCCGCUGCCUACCCGCGACGGUCAGCUAAGGUCGGCCUUCUUCGGACGCACCUCGCUUGUGCCUAGACUGUAUCCCUACGCCGUUAGCAAGGUGUAUGAUUUGCGUGAGUACACGACGCGAAGCAAGUGGGGACCGUUCCGCGCGGACGGGAGUGGUAAGGUGGAUUGGGAAAAGGUGGAGGCGAUUCUGUUGGUGCUGAGGACAAAUAUCAAGCUGAAGGAGCUGGAUAGGAUCCCGAUGGUGGGGAAUGUGUGGAACACGCCGUUUGCGGGAUGUUGGGAGGGGAGUCUGUGUAGGUUGCCGAGGGCGGGGGAUAACGGGAACAACAGCAGUUCGACGACGACAACAGACGGGGACGGGCAGGGACAGCAGGGACAGGGACAGGGACAGGCUGGUGGUGGUGGUGGUCCGAUGGGGGUGGGGAGUGGUUAUGCGGGUUGGUUCUUGUGGGGGAAUAAUACGAAUACGCAGCAUGAGGAUUGGGAUUCGGAUGUGGCGAAUGAUGGGGCGGUGGAUGAUAUGGAGGGGGAGGAGGAAGAGGAUGGGGAUAAUAGUGAUGGGGAUUUUGCAGGAGAGGAGGAGAAGGAGGAGAAUAGGGAUAUGAAGUUGGAGAUGGAGGAUCCGUAUGGGGUUUCGGGAGUUUGGUUGAGGGUGGUUUGUUUUUUGGACUACACCGACUUCUUCUCGUUCAACUUCCCCGACGAUAAUAUGCCGUGCCCCGAGAGCGUGCCGAGGCCGCCCCUGGACGUGGGCGAAGCAACCAAGUUGCUCAUGAUGAAGAUCCACGUCAACAGAAUCGUCUACCCCGAGCCAGGAACGGAGAUCAAGGGGAAGAUAUGGCCCAUUGUACACUGGAGGGGGUACGCUCGGUCAUUCGAUGGGUCUCCUGGAGAGGCGCGCCUCACGUGGGGGCUGAGAGGGCAAGUCGUAGGAGUCGUGCAAAUGACGCCCGAGGGCGAGGUCCGGUGGACGACAUCUUCGCUGUAUGAUGGCGAGGAGAGAUGGCGGAGCGAGGGGAUCCAGAUUGGAGGUGUCAAGUCUGCUCGUGGAGUGGUUGGGAAUUGGUUUGACAAGGAUUAUAACCCUCAUGGGCCUUGUGGGCCUACGGCGUUUUGGAAGAUAUCGGAUCUGGAGGCUGUGCGGCCGCGGGGCGGUCAUGGCGGCGGUCAGUAG